AUGUCUUAUUUCCGUCAACGAAUCCGUGCCGCACAAUUACACGCACACAAAACCUGCCACCCAACACCAGCCCCGAGCCGCCACCGCUAUUCACCCACAACGCCGCCACCGCCACACAAGCUUACGGGGUCGUCAUCUCAACCACCUCUCACAUUCUCUCACCUCCCUCUGUCACACCUCAUCAGCAGCAGGAUCACCGCCGUUAAACGGCAUAUUACGGCCAACCUCGAUCCAGCCCAGCCCAGACCAACCAACAUCAAACCCACAUUCCAGCUUUUUUUCUUUGUUUGACCCGCUCACAUCAUCCU